AUGGAGUAUCUAUUGUGACUUUACUGGACAUUGAGACUACAGCUAUAAGGGACAUACCUUUGAUAAUAUUUCUUCAGCCUGUGGAUAAUAUUGGUUUUAGAAUACAUACUCGUAAUGUGCUUAGGAGGUGGUUGGCUGAGCGUGUGUGCGUUGUGGAUUCUGGUGGCAGGGUCCAGCAGCAUCAGGCAAUGUUUGGAUGGAAUAAUGAUCAACGUGAUUCUCCUCAAUGACAAAGAUGUGCCAUGGAGCCUUGUGUAUGUACAAGAGGAAAUCCAGAGGGCCAUCAAGAAGGACGCCAAUAUCAACGCUGCAAAUGGUUUCAACUUCAGUCUCAAGGCCAACUUUGCUGGAUUUGACACAAAUUACUAUAAUACAAAGGGCUGCCACAGUAGCGCAUGUGAAGGAGUGGCUGAGUUCACAAAUUUGACGAACACAGGGCAGCUGGGAUGUGCUGUGCUAGGACCCACUUGCACCUAUGCUACCUUUACAAUGGUGAAUUUGGAGUUGGGUAUGAAGACCCAGACUCCUUUCCUCUCCGCAGGCAGUUUUGGUCUGUCCUGUGACAACACCAAAAACCUCCAACGUCUACUGCCACCAGCCAAGAAGGUCUCCAGCUUCUUCAUUGAGUUCUGGAACUAUCAGGACAAGAUCAAAUCUAAAUGGCAAAAAGCAUACGUGUAUAAGAAACUGAACAACACUGAGGACUGCUUUUGGUACAUCAACGCUCUGGAUGCAGACGCUACAGAUUUUGUGAAAAACAUAUCCAAGGAAGCUAUACGCAAACCGGAGGAGCUCAAAUAUGAGCUUGCCAUUGCCAACAGGAAAAGCAACCUGUUUAUCAUGUGUGGAUCUCCAGCAGAUGUGGAGGAAGCCAAGAGAGGCAUCCCAGAGGCAGAUCACAGCGAUGUCCUCUUCUUUCUCAUUGACCUUUACAACGAUGAGUAUUACAGGAACAAAACAUCAAGUCCACAGAUGAAAAAUGUGCUUGUUCUAACAAUGCCCAAUAUAAGGAGCUACAACAUCAGCACAGACCCAGAGAACACGAUGAACGACUACAUGGCUACUUACCACGAUGCAGUGCUGUUUAUUGGUGAAGUCAUAAGAAAGAUUGCCCCAGAGCCUGAUUUGAGGAUGAUGAAUCCCAUUCUUAAACCCAGUCUUUUCAGAAACACUUCUUUUAAUGGAACAGCUGGAAACUACCUUCUGGAUUCGAAUGGGGACAGAGAUGUGACUUUUUCCAUUAUUUACACCACAUCAGAAAACAAAUACAAAACUUUAUACACUUUCGACACAGAGACACUAUACACUGCUGCAAUGGAUACAGACCCGAACUUUAUUUGGGGCAAGAGACUCCCAAAGUCAAGUCCAGACAGAGGGACAGAUACUGAGGACAUCAUAGUGACUGUACUGGCUGUGACUGUGGUAGUUGUAGCCACAAUUGCCUUCAUUUUCUACAGGCAGAACAGGAAAGAAAGACGUCUGCGAAAGACCUGGUCCCACAUAAACUCUGAUCUUGUCACUUUGCUGGAGGGCAAUGAACAUAAUGUUGUAAUGCUCAAGAUUGAAAAUGAGAGAAAAAACAAGAACUUCAAGAUCCGUAGAGCCCUUUAUGACAAAAAGAUUGUGAUUCUGAAGGAGUUGAAGCACUUGGAUGGGAACUUUGAUGAGACCCAGAGGAUAGAGUUGAACGCGCUGCUUCAUAUCGACUACUACAACCUGACCAAGUUUUAUGGCACGGUGAAGUUUGACCAGGGCGUGUUUGGAGUGUUUGAGUAUGGAGAACGCGGAUCUCUCAAGUAUGUGCUCAAUGACAAAGUGUCCUACCCAGAGGAGACCUUCAUGGACUGGGAGUUUAAGAUCUCCGUCAUGUACGACAUUGCCAAGGGCAUGUCCUACCUCCAUGCCAGUGAACUCCAGGUCCACGGGCGUCUCAAGUCCACCAACUGUGUAGUGGACAACCGCAUGGUGGUCAAGAUCACUGACUUUGGCUGCAACACAUUACUGGUCCCUGGCAGAGAUUUAUGGACUGCACCAGAGCAUCUGAGGAAACAGGGCACAUCUCAAAAAGGCGACGUGUACAGCUUCAGCAUCAUUGCGCAGGAGAUCAUCUAUAGAAAGUGCACUUUCUUCACUGAGAGCUGUACAGACAGAGCAGAAAAGCUGUCUCGAGUGCAGUGUCCAGGGGUGACAGUCUUCAGACCUGAUCUCAACUUUAACACAGACUCAGAGAGUGAGUUAGAGGUGUUCACGCUGAUUAAAAGCUGUUGGGAUGAAGACCCAGAACGCAGGCCAGACUUUAAGAAAGUGGAGAACUGUCUGGAAAAGAGUAUUAGCAAAAUCCAUAAUCAUGACAAUGAGAGCUACUUAGACAACAUGAUUCGACGCCUGCAAAUGUAUUCAAAGAACCUGGAGAACCUGGUGGAGGAGAGGACCUCGCUGUACAAGUAUGAGAGGGACCGGGCCGAUAACCUCAACUUCAUGCUUCUCCCAGGACCGGUGGUGAAGAGCCUGAAGGAGAGUGGCAUGGUGGAGCCCGAGCUGUAUGAGGAGGUCACCAUAUACUUCAGUGACAUCGUGGGCUUCACCACUCUGUGCCAGUACAGCACCCCCAUGGAGGUGGUGGACAUGCUCAACGACAUCUACAAGAGCUUCGACAGCAUCGUGGACCUCCAUGAUGUAUACAAGGUGGAGACUAUAGGAGACGCCUACAUGGUGGCCUCCGGGUUACCCAAGAGGAAUGGGAACAGACACGCAGUAGAUAUCUGCCACAUGGCCCUGGACAUAGUGACCUUUAUAGGGACGUUCCAGCUCCGACACAUGCCCGGCAUCCCAGUCUGGAUACGCAUAGGGGUGCACUCAGGUCCGUGCGCAGCCGGUGUGGUCGGGGUGAAGAUGCCCAGAUAUUGUUUAUUUGGGGACACAGUGAACACCGCGUCCCGGAUGGAGUCGACUGGGCAUCCUCUGAAGAUCCACGUCAGUCAGCCUACCAUUGAUAUUCUCAAAAGGACAGACUGUAAGUUUGAGUUUGAACACAGAGGGGAGACUUUUCUGAAGGGUAAAGGAACAGAGACGACGUACUGGUUAACCGGGGAAAAGGGAAAGAACUAUGACCUCCCGACUCCGCCCACAGCAGAGAACUUCCAGCGACUGCAGCAGGAUCUGGCCCACAUGAUCGUGGAGUGUCUGGAUAGGCGCUCCACAGGCUCCAUCAGGAGGAAGAAACCCCUGCUGAGUCAGAGCAGCGCAGGGUCCCAUGAGGAGCAGGGGCUGGGCUCUGAGAGCGAGCAGCCAGAGUACCUCCACCUGGUCACUGUGGACAACACACUAAGCACUUUUCUCUAGAACGUCCACCAAAGACUCAAGUGUGCUGAAGAAGACAGGACUAUCAGGAGAUAUUUGAACCAGGGUGACUUAAACACUCCAUACAGUUCACAUUAAAAGCCAUUAUAUUUUUGUGUAUACUGAUUUCAUGCAAUCCACUGCUAACGUGAAAAUACCAGUGCUACAUUAGAAUUUAGAUAAAGAUGAUCACUAUGAAUUUAUGGAGCUCAACGGUGACCGCCAGCUCUGGUUUUGUUUUUUGUUUUUUCUCAUAAACUUUUCAAAAAUUACAAUAUUAAGAGUUAAGGGUAGUAAGUUAGUGGCAAAAAAUAAUUUUUUUUCUUCUGGAUCCAGAUGGUGGGCGGUCGCUUUUGGGCUCCAUACUACUCUUAAGUUAACUAUGUCUAGUCCCAAAGGGAGGAGUUUUGGAGAGAAAAUGGCCUGCCCUUGUUUACUAGCAAGCAAGUACCAUCAAAUUGAAAAUGGCUUCUGGAUGGGAAGCCACUGGACUGAAAUGUCUUGCUUGCAGAAACGGUGUCCAGAUGACACACUGAAACCUUCUUUAGAUUGAACCACGCCCGGAUGAAUGAGGAAUUACAGCACUCUGUACAUGACAGUAUUUCAAUACAGGCUUUGUAUUGGACGGUAUUGGCACAGUGCCAGUUUAUUUCACUGGGUCUGGAAAAAGCAGUACUUUUUAUAGCCUUGAGUUCAUGAUUUGGUUGUUUUUGAAUUGUUUUUGUUUGCACCCAUCAUCCCACACAUAAUGAAAAUAACCAGGAAGAAAUAGUCUGUCUCCAAGUCUCUAAAUCUAUGUACAGCUAUACUAAUAUAUUCACCUAAUCACUGUUGUUUCACCCUGAUCUUUUUCAAAUUUCCAAUUCCAGGACUAUGU